AGACAUGUGCCUCUGUCACUCAUGUGAAUGCAGCCACACAACCACAGCACACACACUGUGUUUCCACUGUGUCCUCUGUGUUCCCAGCACAAGGCCGGCACGCUGCUCUGUCUCUGGACCUGACAAUACCACCGAUUGAGCUGAACCUUUAUCACAUUUUUCUGCGGAUUUUAUGGAUUUUAAGUGUUGAAAACCAAAUUUAGGCGUUUUGGCUUUCAGGUGGAGAAAAGAAAAUAGCAAAAAGAAAAGAAGCUGAGACUUUGUUCCAGGUGCAGAGUUGAGCUAUAGUCUUCCAAGAUGGCCUCCGUGAGAGGUUGGAUGGUUGGGCUCCUGCUGGUGCUCCUGUGCCCGUCCCAGGUCCCGCUCGGCGGUGGAGUGUGUGCCCAGGAAGGGGCCGAAGCAGAGGAAGACCUUCACGGUAAAUACAGUGAAGAGCUUGGGGCCGAGGACGGUGAAGCUGCAGAGUCUGAUGAGGAAGGUGAAGAGGAAGCAGAGGACCAAGGAGAUGAAGAAGAGACUGAUGAACACGGUUUAGAAGAGGAUGACGAGGACGCUGCUGAGGAGGAAGAAGAGGAGACUGCCGAUGGUGGAGAGGAAGAAUCAGAUGAGGAGGGGGCGUCAGAUGACGAGGACGUUGGUAAUGACGAAGGUAAAGAGGAUGAAGAGGAUACUGAUGAAGAAGAGGAAGAGGGUGGAGCUGUGGAUGAAGAUGCUGAUGAUGAAGAGGAGGACGAUGAAGCUGUAGAAGAAGACGAGGAGGAGGAAGAAGAGGAGGAGGAGGAUGCCAUUGAUGAGGAUGAUGAGGAUGAGGAAGAGGAAGAAGUAGAGGAAACAUCAGAAGGAGAGGAGGAAGCUGAGGAAGAAGAGGCUGGAACACCUGAGGCUGAAGAAGAAGAAGAGGAGCAUACAGCUCAGGAUGAAGAAGAGGAAGACGAGCCUCAAGAUGACAACACAACAGACAACCAGGGUGACACAAAUGAAGAGGAGGCGAGUGCUGACAUGUUCCACUCUGGCUCUCUAUGCAGUGUCUGCUCCAUAUGUGAGAAUUGCUCUAAAAAUUGUGACAAGUGUCCUUGUGAGGAGGGGGAUGAGUCAGCUCACUGUACACACUGUGAAGGCUGCUCAAACUGCUACAUUUGCCCCAUUCUGUGUGAAACCAUUUGCACACCAGGUGGCCUUGUUGACGAGAUAACCGGAUCUAUCUUUCAGACUGUUGCCUCACUGCUGUGAACAGACUGGGUGUCUUUUCAUGUCAAAAGAUGGGAGAUGGGAUUCUGCUGCCGUCCAGCUGCUCUUAUUUCAGAAGCACAAUGAGGACUUCACAUCCAGCUGAGCUAGUUUUUAAAUGAUCGUCUGUAUUUCAACAAAUGCUUAAAUAAUAUUCUAAACCAUCCUUUGUAAUGUGAGAUACAAAGUCUGUUUGUAGGAUUAUUAUUAUUAUUAUUAUUAUUAUUAUUAUUAUUAUUAUUAUUAUUAUUAUUAUUAUUAUUAUUAUUAUUAUUAUUAUUAUUAGUAUUAUUUUGUUAUUAGUAUUUGUUUUUUUCAGCAAACUAGUUAUUUUUAAGUCUUAGUGCCAGAAUCGGAAUAAAUGAAGCAGAACAAUUAAACUUAAGUCCAUUGUCAAAUAAGUAACAUGAAGAUGUGCAGUAUGUGAGGAAAUAUCCUUUUCUAUUUUUUUUUCCUUUGCAACUUGCAAGACUACAAUUUCCCUUAUGUUUUCAUGUAUAAAUGCUGUAACUUUAAUCUACAAAUAAAGUUUUGUCUUUCCUUA